CCCUUCAAAUUCCAGGAAUAACAAACCCAACGCCCCUUUUUAACAACAACAACAACUUAAAACUGGUGUACACCACGCCCUCUGGCGAAAUAGUCAAAAAGCUUAGGAGAAUUUUCUCUUCUCUGUGCCCACACAAGUCUGUCUUGUAAGCAUAAGCAUCAGUAAAUAUCUAGCCCCGCGGCGACAGAAUUGCCAGUGCCAGAAUUUAAAGGGGGCUACUCUAGCCAUUAGUAACGUUUCUAAAUUUUUCUUUAAAUUAUUUUUAUUCUCUAAUCUACCAUCAUGUUGGUGAAAACAGUCAUAAGAUGUUUACGAAUUGCAAAAACCACAAGGAUUUUACCUAGUCGUCUCAGUUCAACUUUAGAUGCUCAAAAUGAAUAUCACCACAAUUUUUGGAAACGUACUGCUGAAGACAUGGCUGGGACUAGUCCUUUCAAACUAUCCAAACAAACUCUGAAUAAAUACUUGUCUCUGCCUCAACCUGAAGGAAAAGUCCAAUGCACGUAUGUCUGGAUUGACGGCACUGGUGAAAAUGUGCGAUCCAAAACCAAAACUCUAGAUUUUGUCCCCAAAUCACCAUCUGAGCUUCCCAUAUGGGAUUAUGAUGGUUCUAGCACCUAUCAGGCAGAAGGUUCCAAUUCUGAUGUAUAUUUAUAUCCCGUUGCAAUUUAUAAGGAUCCUUUUCGUGGAGGCAACAACAAGCUUGUGCUUUGCGAAACAUACAGAUUCAACAAACAACCUACUGAAUCCAACAAAAGGCAUUCACUAGUUAAGGCUAUGGAGAAAGCUGCAGAUUUCCACCCAUGGUUUGGUUUAGAGCAAGAGUAUACUUUGUUGGAUGUUGACGGACACCCAUUCGGAUGGCCUAAACAAGGAUAUCCUGGACCUCAAGGACCUUAUUAUUGUGGAAUUGGUGCAACAAAAGCCUAUGGUAGGGACAUUGUUGAGGCUCAUUACAGGGCUUGCUUGUAUGCUGGUAUUAAUGUAGGUGGAACAAAUGCCGAAGUCAUGCCUGCUCAGUGGGAGUUCCAAGUUGGCCCAUGUGAAGGAACAUCAAUUGGUGAUGAAGUUUGGAUGUCAAGAUUUAUUCUUCAUCAAAUUGCUGAAGAGUUUGGAGUAGUUGUAAGUUUUGAUCCUAAACCAAUGCCAGGCAAUUGGAAUGGUGCUGGAGCUCACACAAAUUUUAGUACAAAAGCAAUGAGAGAAACCAAUGGAUUAAAAUUCAUUGAAGAAGCCAUUGAAAAGCUAUCUCGCAACCAUCCACGCCACAUUAAAGCUUAUGAUCCAAAGGAUGGCAAAGAUAACGAAAGAAGAUUAACUGGAUUGCACGAAACAUCAAGCAUUCACGACUUCUCUGCAGGUGUUGCAAAUAGAGGGGCCAGUAUUCGUAUACCUCGCCAAGUUGCAGAGAAGAAGAUGGGCUAUCUUGAAGACAGAAGACCAUCUUCGAAUUGUGAUCCAUACGCUGUUGCAGAUGCUAUGAUCCGCACAAUUUGUUUAGAUGAAUAAAUGUUCAUGAUGGUAGCUAACUUUUUGAAAAACUAUCUUACAUGUAAAUCAACGAAUAAAGUUUCAAAAGUUUAAAUAAGAAAAAUGGAAUAUUUUGAUAAAUCCUUUUAUAUGCAAUAUAGUUUUAUUUUAUAAUUUUAAAUACAGUACCUGAAAAUUUUAUAAGACAUUGUAUGAAAUUUCAAAUGAUUUUUUUAAUAUGGUAAUUAAAAGUUAGUAGUAAUUUAUCUAGUUUAAUGAAAAAGCAUGCAAUUAAUUAAUGCUAAAUCAAAUUAUGAAAAAAAUUUAUAUUGUUUAACUGAAUACAUAAAAAUUAUUUUAAUUUUGCAUUUAUUGUAAAGUGCCUUAGAAUAGACUCAGUUUAUAAAAUAACUUUGUACAAAAUGUCUGUAAAUGAAUGUUGAUCAUUUUCGAUAUGUAUCUAUUCUUUAUCUAUGUAUAAAUGGAUAGUUUAUUGAUGUUUCUGAAUUUGUACUAUUUUUAUGAUAUUUUAUUUCAAUUCAUUAAAAUGAUGAAAAUGUU